AUGAGUCUUUAUUAUCUUAUCUUAUGGUUCACCUCUCAAGUCAUCAUCAUGAACCACCCUGCAGGCCAAGGUUAUGCUCCAGUCCUUGACUGCCACACCUCACACAUUGCUGUCAAGUUUGCUGAGCUCCAGACCAAGAUUGAUAGGCGUUCUGGCAAAGAGCUCGAGAAGGAGCCCAAGUUUCUUAAGAAUGGUGAUGCUGGUAUGGUGAAGAUGAUUCCCACAAAGCCAAUGGUUGUUGAGACUUUUGCUGAGUACCCUCCACUUGGAAGGUUUGCUGUGAGGGACAUGCGUCAAACUGUUGCUGUUGGUGUCAUCAAGAGCGUUGAGAAGAAGGAUGCUUCUGCUAAGAUCACUAAAUCUGCUGCCAAGAAAGCUGCCAAAUGA